AUGCAGUUCCUGCCGCCCUGCCCCGCCAUGCAGCUCCUGCCGCCUUGCCGUCACAGCGACAACGAGCCAUUGGAUACCGACAACGAGCUUGACCACCCGCGCGGGCUCGGGCGGGCGGCAACCGGAGGCGGCCGCGCGCCCGAUGACCCACCCAGCCCCGGCGGCGCCCAGCCGGCUUCUCACGAGCGCCCGCCGCCUCGGGAAACCGGCGGCGCUCCCCCGCUCCCACGGCGCCGCCGGAGCAGCGCCGACCAGUGCGCCCGCCACGCCGCCGCGCUCCGCCGGGGCAGCGCGCCUGCUGGGAGGCCUCUGGGCGACUGGCCGCGGCAGGCGGAGCCCGCCCGCGCCGAGGGCGGGGCAGCGCUUGGCUCGGGCCUCGCGGCGCGGGCGGGGCGGCGGGUCUGUGCCAGGCGGGCAGGAGCCUUUGGCAGCAAGCUCGCGGCCGCCGGCGGGGCGCUGCAGGUGCAGCGGGCCAGGCUCCUGGAGCUGGAGCAGCUGCUGGCAGAGAGGCGGGAGGAGGCGCAGGACAUCCGGCAGACAAUCCUCAAGCGGGAGGCCUGCCUUGAGGAGCUGAAGCUCCAACAGUGUGAGCCCGUGGCCAGGGCGCUGGUGUCAAUCGAGAAGGCAGCGCCCGUCGCCUCCUCCUCCUCCUCCUCCUCCUCAUCCCCUGGCGCUCCAGCCAACACCACGCUCAUGAUCCGCAACAUUCCGAUGGCUGUGACGCAGAGUGAACUGCUGAUCCUCAUGAACCGGUCUGGCUCCGCGAACCGCUAUGGCUUCGCCUACGUGCCAUCAGAUUUUCACGCUCGGACCGCGAAGGGGCAUUCGUCUGUACACUCCUGCCACCCCCCGUGA